AUGGCGGCGGUUGGUUGCUACGCAGGUCACAUGAUUCGUGACGUUGUGAGUCCUGAUGUGAAGCCCAAAAUAAAGCUAGCAGCAAGUUUUCACAAUCCUCGUAGAAAUCAAAGUCUAGAGGUUUCAAGGCUAGAUUUAGCUAUAAAGAAAGACAUUACACCAGUUGAGGGAACACCACAACAACCAGGAAACUCAAGAUUUUCGUCAGAUUAUGACUGCAUUAAGAAGAUUGGCAGUGGAGGCUUUGGAAUGGUCUUCCAAGCAAGACGAAAACUGCUUGAUAAAUAUUUUGCCGUAAAGAUCAUUCGCUGCAAAGUGAAAGCUCUGAGAGAAGUCAAGGCUUUGUCAGAUCUGAACCACGUGAAUAUCGUGAGGUACCACACUUCUUGGACGGAGAAAACAACGUACCAGGACUUCUCCACUGACAGCGGCAGCUCCACUCAAUCCACCGGUGACCCUCCUGAAAUGUUCCUUUACAUUGAGAUGGAAUUAUGUGACACUAACCUUCGAGUCUGGAUCGAUGAGAAAAACACUCAAAAUGUGAAGAAAUCCCGUCGUGACAUACGGAGACGAGAGGAGAGCCUGAAGAUCGCUCAGCAGCUGAUCUCUGGAGUGGAGUACAUUCACUCUCAGACGCUGAUCCACAGAGACCUGAAGCCGGAUAACAUCUUGUUUGGCCGCGAUGAAAAGGUGAAGAUUGGGGACUUUGGAUUGGUCACUAGCGACAGCACUGACGGUGAGGUAGUGGAGAAGACAGGGGCAAAAGGAACAAAGAGCUACAUGGCCCCUGAACAAUUUGGUACAAAAUAUGACCGCAAAGUGGACAUUUUUGCAUUGGGAUUGAUCUUUUUUGAGCUCUUCUGGAGAAUAUCCACUUAUCAUGAACUUCGGGAGAUCUGGAAUAAUGUCAGGAAUCAGGACUUUCCAAAAGAUUUUACAGAGAUUUAUGCAGUGGAGAGCCGCAUUAUUAAAACUAUGCUGAGUAAGAAGCCUGAAGACAGACCUGAAGCCAGUGCACUCAAAUCUGAAUUAGAGAAAUGGACUCAAAAGGAAGAAAUCCAACAAAAAACCAUCUAA